UGUAAGUGUCAAUGUCAAACAACGAAAAAAAAACGUAGGUCAGCUCGUUUCGGCAGGUUACGGCAACAUCCGACUAUCAAACCUCCAGAGACUCCGGAGCUGUUGUGCUUACCUAUCGUAGGACGUCAGACCGCAACGCUGUAGGACCGACCGCUUUGAGGAGAUAUGAACUCUAUGCCAAGCAGGAGUCUGCUGUCACUGUGCAGACACGCUGCCAGUGGCACCGGCGGCGUCGCGGCGCUCGUGGGCCAGGGGAAGCACCCCGGGUACCGGAGCGCGAGCAGCGUCAGCACCAAGAAACGCGGCUAUGACAUCACGAGAAACCCGCACCUGAACAAGGGCAUGGCCUUCACGCUGGAGGAGAGGCAGCAGCUGGGAAUCCACGGUCUGCUGCCCCCCUGCUUCCUCACGCAAGAUGUGCAGGUGCUGCGGGUGAUGAAGAGCUACGAGACUCGGAGCAAUCCCCUGGACAAGUACAUCCUUCUGAUGACUCUGCAGGACAGGAAUGAGAAGCUCUUCUACCGCGUGCUGACCUCCGACAUCGAGGAGUUCAUGCCCAUCGUGUACACUCCCACCGUGGGGCUGGCCUGCCAGCAGUACGGCCUGGCCUUCCGGAGGCCGCGAGGCCUGUUUAUCACCAUCCAUGACAAGGGUCACAUUGCCACCAUGCUCAGCUCCUGGCCAGAGGAGAAUAUCAAGGCCAUUGUUGUCACGGAUGGUGAGCGAAUCCUCGGACUGGGUGACCUGGGCAGCUACGGCAUGGGCAUCCCUGUGGGCAAGCUCGCCCUUUACACCGCCUGCGGAGGGGUACCACCCCAGCAGUGCCUGCCUGUGCUUCUGGAUGUGGGAACAGACAACCAGACGCUUCUUGAUGAUCCCCUCUACAUCGGGCUGAAGCACAAGCGUGUGAGAGGGAAGGAGUACGACGAGCUCAUCGACGAGUUCAUGCAGGCCGUGACUGACAAGUAUGGGAUGAACUGCUUGAUACAGUUUGAAGAUUUUGCCAACAGCAAUGCCUUCCGCAUUCUCAAUAAGUACCGGAACCGGUACUGUACAUUCAACGAUGACAUCCAAGGUACCGCCGCUGUGGCAGUAGCUGGGAUUCUGGCAGCCCUAAGGAUAACCAAGAAUAAAAUCUCUGACCACAAGUUUGUGUUUCAGGGGGCAGGAGAGGCUGCCAUGGGCAUUGCGCAGCUGCUGAUCAUGGCCAUGGCCAAGGAGGGUAUCCCUCAUGCUGAGGCCAGCAGGAAGAUUUGGAUGGUGGAUUCCAAAGGCCUCAUCGUCAAGGGCCGAGGUCACCUGAACCAUGAGAAGGAGGAGUUUGCUCAUGAUCACCCCCAGGUGAAAACCCUGGAGGAGGCGGUGCAGAAGCUGAAACCUACAGCCAUAAUCGGUGUGGCUGCCAUUGGUGGGGCCUUCACGGAGAAGAUCAUCAAAGACAUGGCAAGCUUCAAUGAGCGUCCCAUCAUCUUCGCCCUCAGCAACCCCACCAGUAAGGCAGAGUGCACGGCGGAGCAGUGCUACAAGCUGACGGAGGGCAGGGGCAUCUUCGCAAGUGGAAGCCCCUUCAAGAAGGUGACCCUGGUGGAUGGCCGCACCUUUUACCCUGGCCAGGGCAACAACGCCUACAUUUUCCCGGGCGUGGCUUUGGGCGUGAUGGCCUGUGGCGUGCGUCACAUCUCCGAUGACAUCUUCCUCACUACGGCUGAGGCUUUAGCAGACAUGGUUACUGAGGAGCAUUUAGCAGAGGGCCGACUUUACCCCCCUCUGAAUACCAUCAGGGAGGUGUCCUUCAAGAUUGCGAUGAAGAUCGUGGACUACGCCUACAAGAAGGACAUUGCCUCCUGGUACCCAGAGCCCAAAGACAAAGAGGCCUUUGUCCUCUCUCAUGUCUACAGCCCCGACUACGACUCCUUCACCCUGGACUCCUACAGCUGGCCCCAACACGCCAUGGCAGUGCAGGACGUCUAAGGCGUUGUGACAUAGGUCACUUCCACGUCUCCACGUUCCAUCCGCUAGCUCUCCACGUCCCACGUUACCGUAUCCCUCGCUUCGCUCAUGUGACCCUCAACCUGAGGGCUAGACUCCAUUAUUUUUUUAGUUCUGCCAUUUUAUGUUGUCGAUUUAAGCACGAUUAGCGAGUCUCUUGACAGAUGUUUUAAGACACUCGGGUGAUAUUAGAAAGCUUUUAAAGAUUGUCAGGUUUGAUUUCCGUUCCGAAUGGGUGUAGAGACAGAGAGUCAAUGCACAGUGUGACACGAAGUGAUUUCAGUGGCAACUAAAGGCAGCAGCCUUAAACUCCAGUGUUAGGUAGUUCAAUGCUAUCUUCAGCAAGCUUUUACCACCUUAUCAUGAUAGAAACAUGAAGGAUACAUGCCGGUCUAGAACUUUCAACUCCUCACACUCCAGAAUAACCAGGACCGGAAACUUACAUUUCUAUGGUUUCUACAUUGUGUUUAAAACGUCCCAGAAAUGCAGUCCACUGUCCAGCCUUCACACUCCAUUCUGUGCUCUAACCCCAGUCACUCCCUUUUAUUUGUUUUUUAAUCCAUUGACUGCUCUCUUUCUCCUUGCCCUUUCAGCACCGUCAGUUCCUGUACGUUCGAUCAUAUUGUUGUCUGUUAAACCAGUUAAAUUCCGACGUACUGUAUUUAGAAAGGACUCUUUGUAAAAGAAAGUCUGUAAACAGGAAAUGCUCCAACUUCAUUGUAUUGCUCCGUUUUAUAUAAAGCUUAGACUGAUUCCUGGUGUCCAAUUUUUGCAGGAAUAUUUGGGGUUUUGGGGCGGCAUGGUGGUGCAGUGGUUAGCACUGCUGCCUCACACCUCUGGGACCCGGGUUCGAGUCUCCGCCUGGGUCACAUGUGUGUGGAGUUUGCAUGUUCUCCCCAUGUUGUCGUGGGGUUUCCUCCGGGUACUCCGGUUUCCCCCCACAGUCCAAAAACAUGCUGAGGCUAAUUGGCGUCGCUAAAUUGCCCGUAGGUGUGCAUGUGUGAGUGAAUGGUGUGUGAGUGUGCCCUGCGAUGGGCUGGCCCCCCAUCCUGGGUUGUUCCCUGCCUCGUGCCCAUUGAUUCCGGGAUAGGCUCCGGACCCCCCGCGACCCAAUAGGAUAAGCGGUUUGGAAAAUGGAUGGAUGGAUGGAUAUUUGGGGUUUUAAGGGAGGCCAGCGUCCUCUGAGUGUAAAUGUUUGUGUGCGAUGGGUUUGUGGGUUAAAAGAGAUGGUUUUCUCUGAAUUUGCCCUUGAGUCACUCUUCAUUUUUCACAAGGCCUAAUACUUGGGUUCACUGCUGAAGAUCCAUGUUCACGUCGCAUGAGCAGAGGAAGCACAAUUACUGAGUAUCGAAGUUUACACAUCAUGUUUUUAAGUGCCAUUCAAGUACCAAAGACUGAUGGUCUCAGCCAACAUUCGAGGGUGAUUCUAACAUUAAUCAAAAUAUUACUUCUGUUGUUGGUAAUGAAGGAAAAAGUGCUUCACUCUAACGAUCUGCUUUUUUUCCCCGAAUGCAUGUUUGCUGAAUUCUGAUCCGAUUCAGGGGGAGAGGGAUGUGGUCAUGCCAUGCCUCUCUGUCGUUUACUGGGCUGUGAGUAAAAAUUUGCUAUUCUGUGAUGGACACUUUCAGCGUUGGAGUGUACGAAGCAUGCUUUGGCUGCUAAUGCCUUACAAAGGACAAAUUCUGUUUUUUUGUGAGGACAGAAAAACAAAGUAAUACAAUAAUAAUGUAAUAAAUUUAUGGAAAUCA